GGAAUUGCGCCUUGGCGGGAAUAAAGAAUUAAUGGAGUACGCAAAAUGAGGGGGACGAGGUAAGUAAUCGAUUGACCAGUAUAAUAUUGCCUUUGAAGUGGACUACCAUUUGCCACGUCAUUUGUCCCUAAGUCAGCGUAACAUAAGGUUUACCACUAGUUUCGUUUGCGACUAAAAUUGGCGCCAAUUUUUUAAAUAUUGCAAUGGCUACAUAUCAACCGACGGAUUACGAUUAUUCGUCAGUAAAGUUGGCUGAUUUUGAAAUUGGACAGCAUAUUGGUAAAGGUCAGUUCAGCGUGGUGUAUCGCGCUCGCUGUAAAUUAAGUCAGCAAAUGGUUGCAUUGAAAAAGGUUCAACUUUACGAAAUGACCGACUUAAAAGCCCGGACUGACUGCAUGAAAGAAAUUCAACUUUUACAGCAAUUAAAUCAUCCAAAUGUCGUGUGCUACAUCCAUUCUUUCGUGGAGAACAAAGAACUGCAAAUCGUCCUCGAACUAGCCGACGCCGGUGAUCUUGCUCAGCUUUUGCGAUAUUGCCAAAGACAACACCGACUUUUGGUAGAAAAAACGAUAUGGCGCUAUUUUGUUCAACUUUGCAGUGCUCUGGAACACAUGCACAGCAAAAGAGUUUUACAUAGAGAUAUAAAACCAGCAAAUGUUUUCAUGACGGCUAGUGGAGUAGUUAAACUGGGUGAUUUAGGCUUAAGUCGCUUCUUCAGUUCAAAAACAUUAGCAGCACAUUCACUAGUUGGCACACCUUACUACAUGAGCCCAGAGAGAUUAAAACAAACGGGCUACGAUUUCAAAUCAGACAUAUGGUCAUUGGGCUGUCUUCUGUAUGAGAUGGCCGCUCUUCAAUCACCUUUCUAUGGAGAGAAAACAAAUUUGUUCUCUCUCUGCCAAAAGAUUGAGAGAUGUGAAUACCCUCCAAUUCCUUCAACUCACUACAGUCAAGAGCUUCGCCAAAUAGUAGUAACAUGCAUACAUCCAAGACCAGAAAAAAGACCAGAUGCCUACCAAGUACUGAAGAGCUCACAAGCCAUGAAUGCUCAAUUUUGUAACAAUCCAGACUAUGCUGCUCCUCCGGAUAUGCGACGACAUGGAACCACUAAUCACACACCUAACAAUUUGCGGCCAGAAGCAGUGUUUCAUAACAACAAUUUGAAAAUCAAACAAAUGUAUGCCAGGAGCCAUCAGUCAGGAAAUUUCUAAGUCACACUAAAAUUAGACUUCUCCUGUGUCAGGUGCAAUUUUUCUUUGCAUCAGUUUUUAUUACCAAAUUUUAAGUGAUAUAUAUUUGAAAUACAAUGAAGUGCAUUUCUUA